AUGCCCUCAUCCAACGAUGGCCGCGAGCCCACCAGUUCGCCGCCAGGUGGCAGCAACGAUCAUGACGCAGAGAACUCGCAAAACCCGCCGUCCAAUCAGGGUCAGCAAGUGGCUCCUGCUGGCGCGAUACCCGUCUCAAUGCUGCUUGAGCAACCGCUCGAAGGCGCCUUUAGUACACGAACGACAUUCUUUGUCGAAGCCGACUGGCCUGGGGGCUCAGACAGGAAAGCCGGGAAGCGCACCGUUGGCCGGAUGUAUGUCGAGUGCCUCGACCCGCUUCUGGUUGUGCACGGGUCGCCCAUCAUUCUCGUCCACGGAGACUGGCAUACUGGCCAGAUCUGGACCACCAAGCCCGACGGCAAACCGGGCUGGGCCUCGUACUUCAACUACCAAGGCUACCGCGUUUACGUGGUUGAUCUUCCGCCUUGCGGACGGUCCAAUUUGUUGAGCGACGGCCAGUUCCAGCAGGCGUGUGAGGGAUCCAUGAUUGACGCGAGCCUCAUUGAACGAGACGUGACUGCGCCCGGCAAGCAGGACGAGAAAGGCUGGGACACGGCUGGGCUGCAUAGCCAGUGGCCUGGGACGGGCCAGCGGGGCGACGCGGCUUUCGAAAGCUAUCUCUCCUCAAUGGUUCCCCUGCCGCUCAAGAAGGCCGACCGACAGGCCUUGGCUCAGAGCGCACUCAGCCAGCUGCUCGAGCGCACAGGCAGGGCCAUUCUGAUUGGGGAAGGGUCUGGAGCCACCAUGGCGUGGCUGGCAGCAGACGCGAAGCCGGACCUCGUGGCCGGCGUCCUCGCCGUCGAGCCCGCCGGACCGCCGGCCGGGACAGCGUGCACGUACGGCCUGGCCGACAUCCCGCUGACCUACGAGCCGCCACUCGAGCCGAAGAGCCCCGGGUCUGCCACGGGGAGCGACGAGACGGGGCUCGACCUGGUGCCCAAGACCCUGUUUGAAGGCGAGGGGACGUGCAUUCUGCAGCGCUGCUCGGGCUGCGAAGACGGCGACAAGAAGGCAAAGGCUGGCGAGGACAGGGUUGUUCGGCAGCUCGUGAACCUGCAGAAGAUGCCUCACGCCAUCCUGACGGGCGAGGCGAGCUCGCACUCGAAAUACGACUGGGCGACGGCCGAGUACAUGCGCCAGGCGGGCGUGCUUGUGCAGAAGCUGCCGCUGGAGCGAUACCACAUUGGCGGCAACGGGCACCUGAUGUUCCUGGAGAAGAACAGCGAGAACAUUGCCGGCCUCAUCACCAUCUGGAUCGACUCGUGUGUCCGGAAGGGCCCGUCGCCGGCGUAUCUGCUCCCGCUGUGA